GCCGGAUAAGACACUCGUCACCGAGAAGCGAGAGGGCAUCGUUACCGAGGUCCGCCGCACCAGCCGCAACUUGCUGCCGCACGGCGCAAACAUCCCCCUCCAUGUCCAGCGGUUUGACGAUGGAUCACACUUUCCUGCCUCGGUCCAUCUGGACCGGUGACAGUAAAUUCCUCCAGCAUCCAGCGGACCUCUACAGCAGUGUGGUAGUUACGCGCAGCAUCCCCGCGGGCACGUGCUUUGGCCCAUGCGUGCUCCAAAACACUUUCUACGACACCAUCGCCUUCAUAGCGCAGAAAUCCUGCGACAGGAGAGCGAAGUCCUACGUGUUCAGGGUGGACCCUGAAGCCAUGCGUAAUUCCGCGCUGGUGCUGUCCUGGCUGCGGCUCGUGCAGGCUGCGCGCAAUGCAGAGGAGCAGAACACAGAGGCCUUUCUGAAAGCGGGUCAGCUGUACGUGCGGACAACCCGGGACAUCCGGCAGGAGGAAGAGCUGCUGGUGUGGUACGACCAGGAGCUGUCUCACCUACUGGGCUUCACAGACAUGACCAGGGGAUCAAGUGAAGAAUACAAAUGUGGCAAAUGUGACCAGGCCUUCAAGAACGAGUAUCCUUUCUUGGCCCACUGCCGAUUCUUGUGUACUCAGGUGAAGAGUGACUCCUGGAGCCGCGAGAUUUACGGGCACAAGCAUGUGGAAAUCAAGAGGCAACGCCGAGUGACGGAUUUCCACAACAUCGCCAGAGAUUUGGAACAGAAAAAAUCUAACAGCAACGAGGACGCGGAGAUUUCCCCCAAGAGAAGGAAAUACGAGGAAACCCUUUAUCCCAAAUGGCGGAAAACAGUUCUGUUAGAAAAAACGAAUAUUUCGAAUGAUGAUAAUAUUACACAGCUGAUAAAGGGCUGCGACCAGGCAGCUGGGGAUGCAUCCUCCUCUGCGGGGAAACUGAAAGCCGAUAAGAUCAAACCGGGUCAUUUGGGAUGUAAGAGUGACGCUUUUGCUGAAGUGGGGGAAGCCAAAGAGACUUUUACGCACGGCAGAGAGAUGGAGCCACGAUCGGCAACGGGGGAGAGCUCUGGUGUGCACUCAGGUAGCAGCAGCGCGUUUUCGCUGGUCCUGUCCAACAGCCAGGGCGAGCAGAAAAGCGCUUUCUGUAAACCGAGCAAAAGGACUUCUCCCAUUGACCCCCAGGCGCACCUCAGUAGCGCUGCAACAGCCCCCUCUAGCCGCCUAGAGGAGAUGACUGAUGCGUUUACCUCAAGGACAGUUACGGGAUACAACAAUCUGAUGGCUUCCAACAUCCUGAGCGGUGACUUACAAGCUGUCCCCUCCCCGGUGGCAGUAAACAACGCUUUCCAUUACGCACCGGAGCAAUGGUCCAGGAACGUCGGCGCUCAGCUGCAGUCCACCGCCUCCCUCACGAUCCUUCCGCCGACGUUCACCUCGUUCGGCGUGUCGGUGCAGAACUGGUGCGCCAAAUGCAACCUGUCCUUCCGCAUGACCUCCGACCUGGUCUUCCACAUGCGCUCUCAUCACAAGAAGGAGUUCGCGGCGGAGUCCCAGGUGAGGAGGAGGAGGGAGGAGAAACUCACCUGCCCGAUCUGCCACGAAUACUUCCGAGAGCGGCACCACCUGUCCAGACACAUGACUUCUCAUAACUGAAACAAGAAGGGACAAAAAAAACUCUAUUUAUUUCCUAAAUGAUGCUCGUAUUUAACGCGUUUAUACUCCAGAUUAGGUGUAUAACAGUGAAUGUAGGUAAUUGUAAAGAAAAUAGCAAGACGGACACACAUGGCCACCACAGCCUGUCCACUAGAUGACGAUAUAGGUACGUGUAAGCUGAUCUCACUGCAGUUUGUUGUCUGGCCUGUAGCCCUGUAAUGUUAGGUUGAUGAUUAUUUUGUGCCUUAUGGAGCUCGGAAGGGAAGGAAGACAGAGAGAUCUCGAGGACAGCCCAAGAUUGUCAUAAAUGUCUCGACGCAAUUCUCUUUAUCCGCUUUUCUUUGCUCUGACUUGUACAGAACAUAUGGAUUUGGUGUGUUUGCACAUUCCUUUUGAAAUCUAAAAUUAUGAAAAUCAAACAGGCGUGUCGAGUAUUUUAUUCCACCCUCACGUUUGUUCAAAUCAGAAAGGGUGUCAGUUUUUGUCUGUUCCAAUAGGCGGCGACUGAGACCAAGUUCUCUCUUUUUUUAGCCUCUAUAGCCUAAUGUCAAUCAGACAUGUUUGCUUUGUGGUUGGAGUGUCCUGAAUGAUGCCAGGAAUUAGCAAUUUGUAGGAAGAAAGAAUAGAGCUGUGAGAGAUCUUUUUGUUCUCGCUCAGCUCUCAGGCACGACUUCACAAUAUGAGACAAAAAUGUGUUGCUUAAAAGAUGCUUCAACACCAUAUCAGCAUUUUGUUUGGGUUGUUUCACCGACACAUUUUAUCGUGCGAUUUGAAAAGAAGAAAAGAAAAGCUGAAAGAGGUAAACAAUCAGAGGUUGAUUUCCCUUCCACCACUCUAAAAUGAAAUCAAGAUGUAGUUUAAAAAGUUUCAUGGUUGUCAUUCAUCACCAGACCUGGAUGGAGUCCACAUCAGCCCGCUGCCUUGAAUUUGUGAUUACACGUGUAUCCACCAGCAGUGAGCAGCUUACAUCCCAUGUAAGCUGUCAGGCUCCGUCUCUGUUUCGGGUAAAUGAGGUGGGAAGACGGCAUGGAGUUCAUGGGAAAGUCAAGCCUCGACCCUGCCCAGUCACUCUUAAACGUAAGCGGGGAUGUAAACCCACCCACGCCACUGUCAUCUACUUUUGUUUGAUUAAAAGAGUUUAUCCUCCCAGUAUCUGCAUACCAAAACCUGAUUAGACUAUCAAUAGUUGCCUUCGAGGAGUUUUAAGAAAAAUAUAACAGGUUUCUUUCAUGGGUGGACAAGAACUGCACAAAAACACCCUGCAAAAAUGUGGGUACACGAGCAAAUGCACUGCAACAUGUUCAUAAUCUUUCAAUGAGUUUCAGAACCUCAUUUAUUUUCAGGUAUCCAGAAUAAUAUUUGUUUCAAGACUAAUAUGAACUUAUUGGCUGAAUAAAAGUUCUAAAAGUUAUUAGGAAACUGGUAAA